UUGAACGAUGCUCUCAAGGAACUUCAAGAGAAGCUCAACGAUCUUGCAGCUAAGGCUGAAGAUAACGAUAACAAAGAUAACAAGCAAGAUGAAGACCUUAAGAACGUUAACGAUGCUCUUCAAGCAUUAGAAGAUAAGGUCAAGGGUCUCCAAGACAAGGAUACCGCUCAGGACGAGAAGGACAAGAACCUUGAAGACGCCAUCCAAGAACUCAAGGACAAGGAUGCCGCUCAGGACGAGAAGGACAAGAACCUUGAAGGCGCCAUCCAAGAACUCAAGGACAAGGAUGCCGCUCAGGACGAGAAGGACAAGGCCAACGAAGAAGCAAUCAAGUCCCUCGCCGACAGACUCCAGGAUCUCAAGGACAAGAUCAGAGACGCCGAGGAAGCCAAGGCUACCCAAGGUGCCGAAGAUCUCCAGGGUGUCAACGACGCUCUCAAUGCUCUCAACAACCUCAUCAAGGAGAAGGCCGACGACGAUGCUCUCAAGGCCUCGAAGACAGGUUGA